AGAAAUGCAGAAUAUAGACAGCAGGUGGCGGUAAACUGUUGCAGUGCGCUUGCGGUCUUCAAGCCCUACAGAAAGUGAGGAUUUGAAACUGUAAUUUGCCAAUCUUUUAACUACGGACUGGUCAUCGACUUUUUGAAGGUCGCUAUGACUACAAAGAUGAAUCUGGAACUACCAAUAACCCAUAACUCGUCAGACCCAAACGAGGAUUGCCUGAUGGUUGCUGGUAACUUCACCCUGUCCUGGCAUAAUGUAUCUGUCUGGGUCAAGAAGAAGAGUGUGGAGAAGAGCACUUGGUUUCGGCAACACUAUCAAGAUGUGAGGAUAUUAAAUAAAGUGAGCGGGCUGGCAGAGCCAGGAUCCCUUGUUGCAAUCAUGGGACCAAGUGGAGCUGGCAAGACAACAUUACUAGCAACAAUCAGCCAACGACUUCAAGGUGACAUGUAUGGUCAAAUUCUUAUCAACGGAAAUCCAAUAACAAAGCAGCUGAUGACGAGAAUAUCCGGAUUCGUACCACAACAAGAUCUCACUCUUAGAAGUCUCACUGUUCUUGAGCACAUGCAACUUAUGGCUAGGUUAAAAAUGGACAGACGUUUGCAAUCUUCCCAAAGGAACAGACGUGUAAUAACGCUCAUCAACGAGUUAGGACUUGCUAAGUGCAGCAACACUCGGCUGUCUUCUCUCUCCGGAGGGGAAACAAAAAAGGUUUCUCUAGCUGUCCAGAUGUUGACCGAUCCCACCUUGCUCUUCUGUGAUGAGCCGACUACAGGUCUGGAUAGCUACAGUGCAGGCGCAGUAGUAGAGCGACUGCGCAGUCUAGCUGUACGGGGCAAGACCGUAAUUUGCUCCAUCCAUCAGCCCACAUCCGGCAUCUUCGAACUGUUCCACAGUGUCAUCCUUUUGGCACCUGGGGGCGAGCUUGCCUAUCAGGGCGGUCCUCAGCAUGCCCUCGCACACUUCAACAGCCUUAAUAUUGUCUGUCCAACUUCGUACAACUUGGCAGAAUUCUUAGUGUCACAAUUGAAUGUAACAGACGAUCCUGACUCCCAGACGAAAAUACAAAGGAUUUGCUCAAAAUACUUAGAAUCAGAUGUUGGAAAAGAGCAUGAUCGAAAACUGGAAAAGUUGAAACAACGUAAGAAGCAAAACAACAUUAUUGAAGUGAGCAACGGUAUAGCACAUUACGGUGAGCUGGAAGAUGAAUUCCAGAAAUACAUAAAUAUUCAAUCUCCAACAUGGUUCACUCAGCUGUACUGCCUCGUCUGGAGAUCUUUUGUGGAAAUAUUUCGAAAUCCUCAAGAGCAAUUCAUAAGACUGACCUUUUACAUGUUCAUCGGCCUGUUGAUCUCUACUCCUUACGUAGGGCUGUCAGUUGACCAGGCUGGUAUACAGAACAUGCAAGGAUGUCUGUAUCUUGUGGUGGUGGAGACUAUCUUCACCUUCACAUACAGCGUGUUCCACACCUUCCCUUCGGAGAUACCCAUUUUGCUCAGGGAAAUAGGAAAUGGUCUGUACACACCGGGGCCUUACUACAUUUCCAAGAUGAUUGUUCUGUUACCAAGAGCACUACUGGAACCGAUACUCUACUCAGCGAUGGUGUUUUGGAUAGCAGGACUAUUUGGAGGCUUUGCUGGUUUUAUUCAGUUCUGUGUUCCGGUCAUAGCGUGUGCUGUCACUGGCACUGCUUGGGGUUGUCUGAUCUCAGCUACAUUUGAAUCAGUUGCAACUGGUUCUCUCAUCUCUGUGCCAAUAGAGCAGAUUUGUCUCAUGUUUUGUGGUAUCUUCUUGUCAAUAAGUGAUGCACCUAUGUACCUGGUUUGGAUUAAAUACAUCUCAAUGUUCUACUACGGUCUUGAAGCAGUCUCAAUUCAGCAAUGGAGUGAGAUAGAUGAAAUACCAUGUUCGGAGAACAAGAAUGUGCCUUGCAUAUCUUCAGGAAACGAUGUGUUGAAUAACUACGGCUACAGUUCUAACAACUUUAACUUGGAUCUGUUAGGUCUUGGCAUGCUCUACUGCAUCGCUCACAUCAUUGGGUUUGUCUCUUUUAAACAGAGAAGUAAGAAACAGGCUGCCUAUUAGAAGUUCAGGAUUUUGGGUAAAACCGAUGUUUUCCCAUGGCUGUGGGUAACAUGACACGGGUAUUCCUAAAUGUCUCUAGAUAAGAAAUAGAUUAUCAUGUUCUAAGAUAAGAAUGCUUUGAAAUUUAAAAUCUCUACUUAAGAAAUGUCAUCCAUUAAUAACAAUAUCCUUAUUACUACUGUAAAUGUCUGAAAUCAAUCAUUUAUGGUACAUUUUUCAACAUUUAAUGGGCAUUUCACCAAAAGAAAUGCUGUGUGUAAUAACCUGCAUUAUUCAUUUGUAUAAUACAUUAUACCAAUAUUCCUGGAAUGAUAGUUUGUCCAUGUAUUGUUUAAGUUUUCAACCAAUAAUUACAAACCACAUUUUAUAUAUUUCUGUUGCCAUACAUAUUUUAUGGUUCAAAAAGCUCAUAUGGUAAGAGAGCUUCUUAAUUUUAGCACUGUUCCCUUGUAAGUUAUUAGAUAGUUCAUUCUCAGAAUGUUGUUUACUUUAAUGGAAAAAUAAACAACUAAGUAUUAAUGGUCAUACUGUGUAUGGAAAUAAUAAAACAGUUUCAAAAUUUCAUUCAUCUAAGUUUAAAAGAUGGACACCUUAUUAGUCGUCUUUUUACACAUUAUUAGUUUAAUUCAUGAAAGUAUUGAGAUUUUAAUUUUUUUAAUACCAUUUAGUAGUUUUGCAAAAUAUUGUUUUGAUGUUUGAAAAGAAAUUUUGAUCUAAUUAGGAAAAUAAACUCAAAAUAAUCAUAUGUGUUAUAUUAAACAUGGUUAUUUCUAUUAACAAUAUUGGUUUCAGUUUUUCUUGUUACAAAUGUUUAAUAUUGUAAAUAUAUUACCAGUGGUAGAGCCACUCCUGUAACUAAAAAAACCUAAGAAAAAUAAUCCAACCAAAUGACAUAAUAACAAGAAAAACUGCUAUGUUAAAUUAAAACAAAAUUAAUAGAACACAUAACUAAAAAUCUAAAGCAUCAAGUAAAAAAACCUAAUUAUUUACAAUUUUCCUUAUUCUAUUUACCUCAGGGCUAGAUUUUUUCAAUAAUUGUUAAUUGUGUAAUCAUUUGGUGGUGCUUAAUGUAUCAGAUUUCAAAGAAAUCUCAAAUUAAUAUUUUUGCUAAAUAGGUUAAGUAAAUAAAUAUAUUUUAGAUAGUCUAAUAGGAAGUGCAUUUUAACACACCUAAAUAAGCAUGUAAAAUUAAUUAUUCAAUAUUGUUAUGUAUAGUUUUAUAUUAUGUGAAAAAUCAUUAUAU